AUGCGCCCGGCGGCGCCCGGUCGCCGGCCGGGGGGCGUUCUUUUCAACUUUCCCUUACGGUACUUGUUGACUAUCGGUCUCGUGCCGGUAUUUAGCCUUAGAUGGAGUUUACCACCCGCUUUGGGCUGCAUUCCCAAGCAACCCGACUCCGGGAAGACCCGGGCCCGGCGCGCCGGGGGCCGCUACCGGCCUCACACCGUCCACGGGCUGGGCCUCGAUCAGAAGGACUUGGGCCCCCCACGAGCGGCGCCGGGGAGUCGCGUCUCGGAGGGCGCGCGCGGGCUCGCACGCACGCGCGCGGGGCGCGGGAGCCCGCGAGGAGGGUCCCGAGAAGGGGAGGCGCGGAGGCCCGCGGCCGACCGCCCCGGGCCCCCCCCCCUCCCCGCGCACACGCGGCACCCCGACCGACCGACCGACCCCCGGCUACCCGUCGCCCCUCCAGGAGGAGGCGGCGGCGGCGGCCGGCGGCCGGCGGGCGGCGGGCGGAGAGGGAGAGGCCGAGGCGGGGCGGGGAGCACGAGCCGGCUGCCACGGAACGGACGGGGCGCGGGGCGGCGGAGGGGUGGACGCGGGCGGGAGGGUCGGGGCACGCGCGGGCGCCGAAGCCCGAGCGGGCGACGGACGCGCCGCGCGCCCCCUAUCUUCCCCCCGCCCCCACCACCGCCCCCGCCCUCGCGGCGGGAGCUCCGGGGCGCGAACCGCGGCGCGGCCGCGGCCCGGGGGGAGAGCGCGCAGCGGCGGGCAGACGCCGCGGCGUCCCGCGGGUCGCCGCCGAGGCACGCGUCCCCGGGGCGCGGACGCGCACGCGGACUCGGCCUCGGGCGCGAGCCGCCCGUCCCGACGGGGCGAGGGCCGCGGGGGGUGUGGCCGGGAAGCGGGCACGGGCCGCGGACGCACGGCGCCGGGGAAGCCGCCGCGGGCGUGGGGGUGGGCGGGGCGCCAGCCGGGCGCCGGGACACGCCGCCGCCUCGGGCAGGACGGCGAACGACGGCGGACCGGAAGACGCGACCCCACCCCCGCCACCACCGCGGGCCCCCGCCGCCACGUGGCGCGAGACCGUCCCCAACCCCCGACACCCCGCGCGCAGCAACACCCAAAGGCCGCUUGCGGCGCGACGAGGCGCUCCCGGGGACGCGGGAGGGGCGCGCGCACGCGCCGCACACGGCCACGGGCCACGCGACGACCGCCGGGCAGCCCCCUCCCGACGGCCGCGGCGGCAGUGACCGUGGCGCGCCACGCCGCGCGCCACCCCGGCCCCUCGGGGGACGGCGGAGUCCGGGGGAGACGGGAGGUACCUGGAAAGGGGAAGGCGGGCGAGGGGCACGGCGCGCCCCCACGGGCCACCGCCCCGACGCCGACCACCGACCGCCGACCACCGCGCCCCCGCCCGAGGCCGCGCGCGGGCCUCGGCGCUGCCGGCCCGUGACACACGGGGGGCCCCCGCCGCGCGCCGGUCGACCGCCGCCCGGAGGGCCCCGCCGGGCGCCGGACAGCCAGCCCCACCGGCCCCCCCCGGAACGGGGCAGAGCCCAGAGCGGCGGGACGACCGACGACGACCGGCCGAGGCGGACCGGUCCAGGGCCGGCGGCGCGGGAGGCGACGGGGCAGGGCGAGCGGCCCCGCGACGGGGAGAGCCGCCGCCCGUCACGCCGCACAGCCCGCGAGACGCGACCGGAGGACCCGCGCCGCGCGGGGUCCGCGGGCCGGGGUGGGGGAGAGGCGGUCGUGGCCGGCGCCACGGGCGAUAGUCAAGUUCGACCGUCUUCUCAGCGCUCCGCCAGGGCCGUGGGCCGACCCCGGCGGGGCCGAUCCGAGGGCCUCACUAAACCAUCCAAUCGGGCGGGGCGGCGGAGGCCGGGCGGCGAGGACGCGGCGACCGGCCCGCGGGGGGGGCGAGACCGGGGACCCCCGUCCCGCGCUCGGGCGAGCGCACCGGGGCGGGGGGCGCCCCCUCGUCCGGCACGCGACGGCGGCGGCGGCGGCGGCGACGACGACACGGGCGACGGAUCGGGGCCGCGGCGGGCCCGGGAAGCGAGGCACACCGGGGCACGGCCCCGGGGAGCAGCAGACGGCGAGGGGACCGAGGCGGACGGACGGACGGAGAGGGGCACCGACGGGAUGCGGCCACGCGGGGCCGACACCACGCGACCGGCGGCGGAGGUGGGGUGGCCGCGCGCCACCGCGAGGGGAACGGCCCAAAGCGACCCGGGGGAGGGGACGCGAGUCGGCCGCCGGGGCCCACCGCGGGAUCUCACCGCCACAGGCCCUCCCGGCACAGGGGCGGUCCCGCGGCACCACCCGGGGACGACCGCCUGGCGCCCCCACCCUCGCGGGGCUCACGCCCACCGCCACCCCCGGAGCCGCAGCCGGCCCGGGGAGAACACUCUCCCGCCGCACACCGGCGCCCCCUCCUCCCCCCCCACGGCCCUGACGCGCGCGGGGCCCCCCGCCCCGCCCCCCUCGCUCAGGGCUCCGAGGGCACUGCUCCGCCCGGGGACGCCACCGGCCCGGCAGAGGCCGGGGGACGACACCCACGUGAGGCGAGGCGAGGCCGGCUCGGGCCCAGACAGGGGACCGGAACGCGGGCGGUCGCACGCGCGGGACGAGGAGAGGCGAGGCCGGCGGCGGCGGCGGGGAGGGGCCGGCAAGCACGCACGGCGGGGGCCGCGGGACAGGGACGCGGGCGCCGUCCGGGGACCAGAGGAAAGAGACCGGGCACGCGGCCGGGCCCCCAGGAACACCAGCGCGGGAUCCCACCGCCACCCGCACGCGAGGGCGGUCCCGCGACGCCCGGGGCGCCGGCCGGCCCCGGCCAUCCCCGGAGCGUGGCCCACGACCCGGCCCCGCCGCCAGGGCCGGCGAGCCGUCCACCCGUCUUCCGCCAUCCAUCCGCGACAGGUCCGUCUUCCGUCUGAGUCUGAACCCCGAGGCGCGACACCCCGGGCACAACGCUCUCGAGCGAGGCGGCCCGGACCGUGA